CCCCCCCCCCCCCCCGAAUGCCCCAUCCCAGUCUCCUAGCCAAGCGUGAAGCCAUGCAGCAGAUGUUCAGCGUGCACUGAGGCCGGAAGGCUGCAGGGCUGGGCAGCACCCUUGGGGGCGGGCGCGGGCGCGCAGUGGGGCGCAUCUCCUGCUGAUGGGCACCGUGGAGAAAAGCCAGGACCCGGACGGAUGCUUUGCAAACGCAGAGCCCGCUGCAGCACACGGCUUCUCCUCCGCACCCUGGCACUAGGAGACGUGAACCCCGACCACCAUGGAGACGGGGCCAGCGUGGGUCUGUGUCCUGCUCCCCCUCUGCCUCUUGCCGGGACACCUCUGCAGCAAGCCCACCACGAACAUGACAACGCCGUGCAGCGGGACCACCUGGAACGUGAGCGAGGUCCCCCCGGCCCCCAGGAUCCCUCGGCCCAGCUCCACUGUGGUCAAGAUGGAGACCGCCCUGGCCGCCCAGCGCCACGCGGAGAACAGCCUUGUGAAGGUGGAGGCCGGCCUCACCUCUGUGACUGUCCCUGAGGGGGGCCGGGUGACCCUGGAGUGCCGGUUCAAAGCUCCAUCCGGGGCCCAGGUCAUCUGGAGCCGAUCCUGUUCUCGGAACUGCAGUGAGCCCAUCCUGGUGGCCAAUGGCACCAGCCCCCAGCGCAGUGUGGCAAUCACCACGGGCGCUGGUGUCUCCGUCCUCGCCUUCCACCCCGCCAGGAAGGGCGACAUCGGCCUGUAUUUCUGCCAGGUGCACACGGACAAGGCCUGGGACCAGUCAUGCGGCACCUACCUGCGAGUCCGCAAACCCGUCCCGGUUCCCUUCCUGAACAUGCGGGAAUCCACCAAGAACCAGCUGAUCACCGCCGAGGGCAUCCUGCUCCUAUUCUGCGCCGUGGGGCCCGGAGUCUUCCUCCUCUUCAGGAAGAGGUGGGAGAAUGAGCGCCUCCUGCAGUCCAAGAAGAGCGAGUAUGAAGAGGAGAAUCUGUAUGAGGGUCUGAACCUGGACGAGUGCUCGAUGUACGAGGACAUCUCACGGGGUCUGCAGGCCACCUACCAGGACGUGGCCAACCUCCGCGUGCUCGACAUGCAGCUGGAGAAGCCGUGAGGGGGGCACCGGCCGUGACCCGGGGCCUCUUGGUGCCAGCUGGGUUCCUGGGUCUGGUCUCUCCACGGCGGUUUGUCCCAGGGUGCGACGGGAGGCCUCUGCCACAAGCCUGCGUCACCCUGAUCGUCACCCUGCUGGGAAGUGUGUGUCCGGGGAGGGGAGGGGAGGGGAGUUGUGUGUUUAUAGUGACCAUGUCGCUCUCAGGGCCUGGGCGCUGGGCUGUUCUGCACAAGGGGAGAGCGAGUUCCUCUCGGGCAGGAGACUCUCAUUUACCUGUCGGGCUAAACAUCACAGCGCAAUGGCUGCGCCCCGCACUGAGCGAAGUCGCCGGGGAGAUCCGGCAGAGCCCACGGCAGCAGCCCAUGGCUGAAGGCGCUUGUCUUAUGGAGGGGGGGGGCGGGGGGACUCAGCCAGCUGAGUCGUUAAUUUGGGUGAGCUAAACUUUCUUAGCGCAGCAGCAGUCAGGUAACGCGGGGCUCUAGACAGCGUGUUCUGAUUUGAGUUUACAUGUAGCCGUUUCCAUCUCUCUGCCUCUUGCUGUCACUCCAAUCUCUGGUCUCUGUUCAAUAAACGUGCCCCUCUUCUCUGGCUAAA